AUGACCCCCAGUCCCAAAACCGGGCACGGCGCCGGUGAGCCUGGAGGUCAGCAGGAUCAAGCCAAAACUGCCCCCCGACAAAUUCGAAGAAGAGCGCCGAGAGCAUGCAUGAACUGCCGGGCACGUAAAGUCCGUUGUGAUGUGUCAUUUAGGGACCGUUCAUGUACGAAUUGUGUCCUCGACGGCACUCAGUGUGUGGUAAACGAAAGAGGUGAUAGAGUCACCCGCUAUUCGCUCACCGAUUGUGGGAGUUCACGCUACCGUAUUAGCUCGCUUACGAAGGCAAAGAGGCCCGGCAUAUUGGAGGAUCAACAUGGAUUAUUCGAUGUUGAUCGAAACAAGUCGACAGGAAAUGAUGGUAAGGGCGACGGCUUUCACCAGACCUCCCAAGAUGAUCAGCGGUCCCAGGAUGAUCAGAGUUCUCAAGAAGACAGUCUAUCCAUGGUUGAUGAAACGAGACCUACGGUGGAAGAACUCGGAAACCCCAAUGACUUCCUGUCAAAUUCAGGACUUGAAUCAUGGCUCGACGACGCUCUUGCUGUGGAUGCCGUGGAGACACCGUACUUUUCAUAUUCAUUCUUACGCAUCGACCCAGCCUGUACUAUCCAACCCUCUGGAUACCAUUUCCUGGAACAGCAGGGCUGCUUUCUCGUUCCAAAACGGACGCUACUGGACGAAUUGGUCAAACAGUACUUCUUACACGUCCAUCCAUUCUUACCUUUGAUACACGAGGGGCACUUCUGGGAGUCGUACGAUGGCACAACUGACGGGUUUGCCGAUAAACCAAUAUCUCUGCUGCUGUUUCAGGCGAUGCUAUUUGCCUCCUGUACCUUUAUACCUUCUACCACGGUUCAGUCGUUGGGGUUCGACGAUAUUAGGUCAAUGAGAGCAACAUACUAUCGUCGUGCUAAACUUCUCUACGACUUUGGCUCGGACACUUCGGCCUUGAGCAACUCUCAAACGGCACUUCUUUUGUCCUUCAAAGCGUUGUCAGCACGCAACGCAGCGAGUCCGCUCUGGCUUAGCAUAGCCAUUGAACACGCCCAAAUGGCAGAGGCCCCUCUAUAUGCUACCCUCACACCGAAUGACACGGCUAUGCAGCCUUGGCGAAAUGCCCUGAAGCGGACCUGGUGGUGCUGUAUCAUUCGUGAACAUACUCUGGCACUGCUUAUGAAAAGGCCAAUCCGAAUCACAUCUCGCUAUUUCGAUUUCUUGUCCUCGCCUCUUGUGGUUGAAGAUUUAGCGGACGAGUUUGAGUGUUCGAAAGUCUACAACCGAGCAACUAAGGAGCGGCUGGCCAGGAUUGUGAUUCGGACUACGGAGCUGUUCAUCCUACUAUCAGACGACCUCCUGCACACAUUUCCAAUCAACACCAAUGUGGUACCCGGGUCAGUAGAUAUUCACCAAAAUGCCACAAGGGUUCGUGAGUGUAGAAUUGCUCUGGAUGGGUGGCAACAGUCCGUAUUGCCGGAUAUUACGAAAACAUUGUCAGACAUUGACCCGGUACUAUCAGAAGUAAAUGGACAAGACGUCAACGAGGAAUCAACUAUUCUUUAUUCCCACCUCAUGAUGAUGUACUAUUAUACCGCCCGAGCUCUCCUUUGCCACAACUCGCUUUAUCUAGAGGUGUUACAAAGCGAUAAUGCGAUCGAUGUUUCAACAAGAGGAAUGUCCAUAAUUUUAGGAAGUCGGGUCGAUCUGCAGAAUGCCACUGCCAAGAUCACCGACUAUCAUGGAGACCUUAUCAGGCGAGGUCUGGCACAGUGGCUGCCCAUUAGUGCUGUGGGAUGUGCUCUUCUACCGCUAUUCCUGAACAUUGUCGAUAUAAAGCUCUUUUCAACUUCUGCUGAUUCUGAUGAUGUAGCACUAAUGCUGAGGAAAGAGCAACUCAACAUUCUCGUCAAAGUAAUGGACAUUUAUACUCCAAGAUAUGACGGUGUCGACUGGAUAAAAGAGAUCCUCCACCACACAAGUUCGAUCACGCAACUCAAAGAGCUCUCGACAGUCAGCAGCCGGCAGGUCAAGCUGAACUGGUCGGAUAUCUUCGCCUUCCAGCCACGCCUCUAUCUGCGACUGGCGUUGUCGCUUGACCUCAGUUUGAGCAAAGGCCGCCUUCCGAAAGAUAGUGAUUUCCCGUUAAUACUGAGAGAAGAGGCCCCUUUUACACCCAGCUCUGCCCAUUGUCCUCCCACGAGCUUCAUAGUAGGUUUUGACAGGACCGCCGUUGAUACACCAACCGACGAUGAAAAGUCGCAGAAUGCGAGGAUUUCCAGUCUGAUGCCACUUGAAAUGCUCUCAGUGGAUACACACAUUCUAGCCAAUAUCGAGGAACAAAUCUACAUGCAUCUCGCUGGCGACAUUGCGAAACCUACAUUUUACAGCCCCAGCUCAGCUCCUGACGAGCCAAAAUUACCUACCGAUAAGGCUCCGCACAGCGGUCGAGACGUCUGGACCUUCGAUGACUUUCUUUUUGGACAGGAACAGCCUGCCAUAACUCCUGCAGAACAGUCUUUGCACAAACUGGCUGAUUUAGACACACCAAUAAGAGAAACUGUAGAAGCACCUUUGCCGGCUAUCCUGUAA